GGUAAUGCUUCUGUCGGAAGAGGCCCAGUUUUCUCCGUAUUCUUUUCAAUAUUCUUAUGUUAACACAACAGACUAUUUUCAUUCCUCUUUGUUGUGUUGUGUUGGAACAGGAUGUUUCACUUGAAGGAGCUGGAUGUAGCUUAUGAAACACUUUUCAUUCCCCUUUGGUGUUCCUUGUGUGCAUCACAUGAUGUAAAGGUGACAAAUUCUGGGUAGGUGAAGGCAGAAUAAAGAGAUGGUCCUCUACACCCAAGCUUGUGUCUCAGAGCUCGCUUAUUUUAUGUAUGAAACUCCGCAUUACCGACGGCCCUGAUAAACAGGCAACAUUGGUGGGUUUUUUUUCUCAUUAAUUUGUGACGUUUUUCUCGUAAACGUACAUUUUCUGAAGUCGUAGAUUUACGACUUUAAAAUGCUUACAUUUAGGGAAAGAUGACUUUUAUUGCCAUAAAUAAAAAACUUUUUGGUGGUAAUUUAACAUUUACGAUUUUUUUCUCCUAAAUGUACGACUUUAAAGAUGUUUCUUUUCUUUCUUUUUUUUUUUCUUUUUUUGCUUGUAAAAUGGCCCGUCGUGUUCGCUCACUUCGGCAGCCGCCAUUUUGAUUUCAGCGAUCAACGUUUUUUUUCUAAGUGGGUGGGGCCACCGAGGGGGAGGGUCCAUAGCUUUGUAAGGGCAGUGGCCCUCAUUAAGACCGCCUCCAUACCGCCUCUCGUCCAAUCGAUCGUAGCCGGCCCGUGUGGACGUCACGGGGAUGCUGACGAGCACACAAGGCGGGACAGAACCGGAGGGAGAGGAAAGCAGGGGCUUGUAGGGGAACGGCCGCGGGAGCUGCAAGAUGGCAGGUACAGAGGCUGCAUCACUGAAAUGGCUCAACAACCUCCUCAAGACAAACUUCAAAGAAGUUCAAGACAUGGCCUCCGGCGCGUACUACUGUCAGAUCAUGGACUGCACGAUGCCCGGAUCAGUUGACAUGGCGAAGGUGAAGUUUGACAUUCAAUGCGAGGACGACUGCAAGCACAACUUCACUCUACUGCAGGAGGCCUUUAAGAAAGAGGGCAUUACGAAGGAUAUUCCAGUUGAGGAACUCAUCCAAGAAGAUGUUGAGACCAACUCUGAGUUCCUCAAAUGGUUCAAAGUCUUCCAUCUGAAAAAUAACAACAAGGCAGCGAAAGAAAACCUUCAUAAGAGUUCCAUGUCAGCCUCUCCCUCUCCAGAAAACUCCAGACGGGACACACGCUACACCGAAAAAUGGAAGGAAGCGCUCCCCUGGGCAGACAGAAGCUCCCUUGGAGACGAUUACACUUUCUGCACCACCUGUCAGUCAAACUUGCACACAAUCAACAAAGGUUUUGUUGAACUUCAGCGGCACUCAGAUACAAGGAAACACAAGAAAAAGGCCAAACUCUACAAGCAGAACAUCUCGCCGACCAAAGCCCCCAACCUGCCGCUGCCUUGCAGCGAUGCUGCAAUUCAUUUCAUCCGUAGCCACUGUAACUCCGCCCCCACCAACGGCGAGAAGCUGUCCAAACAUUUUCUGUACCGUACGCUGGGGCGACGGUACCCCAAAGACAUAGCAUCUGUUUGCCAGAACACUCCCUACUGCCUUUACAUCUACGAGGGGGUGUCUGUGGGGAAGGACCAACACGUCUCUGUGAUGCUCGUGGGCUUUUAUGACACGCAGUCGUCCGCUCACAGCCUCCGAUUCCUGGAUGCGUUUGGGGGCGGGGAUCAGAUGGGGUACCUGCAGACCUUAAAGAAGUUUAAGCUUCCCGCUGAAAAUCUGGCUGCUGUUUACGUCAGCGGUGAUGGCGCAGCGUCAGAGCAGAUCUGCUCGGGCCUCAGAGAGCUCAACCCAUCCGCAAUUUCCAUAGGACCUCUCUACAGCAUCGCUGAUGUGGCGUGCUGUGCCGGCUUGAAAAAGCUCUCCGGUCUGGUGCAGGAGUUGCUGUCAGCUCUGGAGGCGCAACACUUCUCCAGCUCAAUCCAGAGCGACGACCUGGAGGCUCUCUUGGACUCUGUGUACGAUAAAAAAAGCUCCAAGUCUUUUCUAGAUAUCGGCUGCCUCAAAUUCUGCCAGUUAGUCUCCAAAAUUUUAGAAAUCUGGACAGAUCUCACGGACCACUUCAGCUCUCGCAAUGACAAGGAAGCCAAACUCAUCUGCUCGCAGCUACAAGAUAUCAAAGUCAGAGCAGCUUUCUUGUUCCUAAAACAAGCUUUAAAGCCUCUGGAGAAGUUCCAGACACAAACACAAGGAGGUUCCUGGACCAGCAUGCUGCUCAUCCUGGAAGAGGCCAGCUCCCUGCUCAGCACAUACACCUCCCGCUUCCUCCAACAGAACGCCGCGGCGCGCUACCUCGAGGAGCACGACGCUCUUAUCCUCCGGAGCAAGAAGUCCCUCCUCUCCAGCCCCGAUUUAGACCUGGGCGGCGAGGCGGUGGAGGACGCUCUGAGAGAAUCCGAUGAGCCGGCGGCGCUGCUGCGCUUCCGAGAGCAGGCGCUGUCCUUCUACGCCGCGCUCACCGGCUGCAUCGCCGAGGAGCUGCCUCUGAGUGUCCAGGCGCUGAGGAGCAUCGCUCAGCUGCUGAGCCCGCAGAGCUGGCUGGAGGUGACGGGCGCUCAGGUGGAGGAGCUCGGCAACCAGCUGGGGGUCUGCAACUCCGCCGAUGAGACCAAACAGCUCACCAAGGAGUUCCUGGAGCGUAAAACCGACAAGGAGGCGGCGGCGCACGCCAGCACAGACCCAGAUUCCCUUAAGGAGCACUGGAGCCGUCUACUGGAUGACUCCAAACCCUCCCCCCUCUUCAGGAGGCUUGUUUUAACCCUGCUGUCCCUCCCGUGUCCCCCUCUCAACGCAAAGCAGGUUUUCACUCAGGUUCUAGAAACUUCAGAAGUCUCCUCUGAGGAGGAAGCAACUGAGAGUGAUUGUGACGUCUCCUUCAGCCAAAAGGACGUCAGCAUUCACCCCCCAAAUGGGAAAAACACCCUACAACUUCUCAAAAAAUCAAUGAAGCCCUGUGAAGUCCGCCUUACAAGGAUAGAUAGUCUGAAUAUUGAUGAAUAUCAGGAGAACGAGUGGAGCCAUCGGAGGAGUUCUGGCUGGGAGAGCGGCCUGCGGAGGAGGCCUCGGGCCCGCACCAUCUUUCAGGCGGGUGCGGGUACCUGGUGCAAACCCGUAGAUCUCGACGAUGAGGACAAAACUGCUCGGGAUGACACGAGGGAAGAAAGAUCUCGAUUUGGUAAACACGCACCAACAAAAGGUCAACGCAAAGAAAGCUAUCAGGAUGCGAAGGGUUUCCCAGUUGGAGAGCUGGUUUGGGGCAAAGUGAAAAGCCUGUCCUUGUGGCCUGGGAUGGUGGCACCGUGGAUGACCAGGUCUCCCCCCGUAGGCAUGCGCAGGGUGGAGUGGUUUGGAGACGGGAUGUUCUCAGAGGUCAACACCGACGGUCUUCUUCCAUUUAGUAGCUUUUCAAGGUCCUUUUGCAAAAAUUCCUUUGCCAGUUUGCCUAAGUACAAGAAAGCCAUCUACGAGAUCCUUGAGUUGGCAGCUGAGCGAUCCAGGAAGUCCUUCACUGAUGCUCAGGGCAACAAGGAGAAAGAACUGAAGAUGAUGCUGGAGUGGGCCUUUGAAGGCUUUCUGCCCACGGGCCCAGAGGGAUUUGCUCCUCCAAAUUUCAAUGACCAAGAAGAACCAUCAGAAGUCUCUGACGAAUACCUGCCGAAAAAGAGGAAAUACGUCUCCAAGAACAGGACCAGCACCUCCACCGUCACCUAUAACAGAGAUUUGUUGAUAGACAAGAUUAAAAGGAGCGGCAAAAAAAUCGAAGACUUUUGUUUGUCUUGUUCUUCGCCGGACGUGGAUGUGCAGCACCCGCUGUUUGAGGGUGGCCUCUGUCUGCGAUGCAAGGAGAACUUCUCAGAGACUCUGUACCGCUACGACGAUGACGGUUACCAGUCGUACUGCACCGUCUGCUGCGCCGGUCAGGAGGUCGUUCUGUGUGACAACGUCAACUGCUGCAGGUGCUUCUGUAAGGACUGCCUGAACCUCCUGAUUGGAGAUCAAACGUUCGAGAAGCUGAGAGACACGGAGAAGUGGAACUGCUUCAUGUGUAAGCCCUCGCAGUGUGAAGGCUACCUUCUACUCAGACCGGACUGGAGCGUCAGAGUGCAAGACUUCUUCGCCAACAGCACCGCCCUGGAGUUUGAGCCGCACAGAGUUUACCCCUCCAUCCCCGCCGCUGAGCGCAGACCCCUCAAGGUGCUCUCUCUUUUUGAUGGUAUAGCGACAGGGUAUCUGGUGCUGAAAGGUUUGGGCUGCAAGGUGGAGAGGUACAUCGCCUCUGAGAUCUGUGACGACUCCAUCGCGGUGGGGAUGAUCAAGCACGAGGGGAAGAUCGAAUACGUUAACGACGUCCGCACCAUUACGAGGAAACAUCUGGCAGAAUGGGGUCCCUUCGACCUCCUGAUUGGAGGCAGUCCGUGCAACGACCUGGCAACGGUCAACCCCAACCGGAAAGGACUCUACGAGGGCACCGGUAGACUCUUCUUUGAGUUCUAUCGCAUUCUGAACCUGCUGAGGCCGAGAGAGGAGGACAACCGUCCGUUCUUCUGGCUGUUCGAGAACGUGGUCCACAUGAAUGCGCGGGACAAAACGGAUAUCUGCAGGUUUCUCGAGUGUAAUCCGGUUCUAAUCGACGCCAUUCACGUCAGUCCCGCUCACAGAGCACGCUACUUCUGGGGCAACCUUCCCGGCAUGAGCAGACCUGUCACCACAUCUCUGGACGACAAAGUCAAGCUGCAGGACUGUUUGGAAAUCGGACGUGUGGCGAGAUUCGACAAAGUCCGCACCAUCACAACCAAGACCAACUGCAUGUGGCAGGGGAAGAUAGGCCAGCUCCCCGUCACCAUGAACGGCAAGGAUGACUCCCUGUGGUGCACGGAAAUGGAGCUGAUCUUUGGAUUCCCCAAACACUACACGGAUGUGAACAACAUGAGCCGGAUGCAAAGGCAGAGGGUGUUGGGGCGCUCCUGGAGCGUCCCCGUCAUCCGCCACCUGCUGGCUCCGCUGAAGGAUUACUACGAAUGUGAGGAGCGCGUGUGAUGGUCGCGCAAACUCCAGCGGCGGCGCCGAGCUUUUCUUACAAAAGCAUCAUUUGGCUUCUUUUAAUUUGCAGGACAGAGAUUUAAGAUUCUUUUUCCGUGAGCAAAAACAGAUUAGUAAUUCCAGAUAUAAUAUUUUUGGGUUCAUAUUUCUUGGAUUUGGCAGCUCUCAAUGAUCCUCAAUCACCAGCGUUUUAUUUGUGGGAGGGGUUCAAAGUAAGAAGGGAUCAGACCAAAACCUGCUGAAAAACUGAACGUGGCCUCAAGUUUCCGCUGGCGGUGGAGGGAAGAAGGACCAAGUAUCCCUCCAUCUUGGUUUUUUAUUUUAAGUAAAGUGCCAGCCCUCAGUAACGAGAGCUGAUGCAGGGCGGAGUCUCAGAUCUGGAAUUUAAUGGAAUUGUGGGUAAAUCUGAAGGGUUUAAAACUCCCAGAAUUCCCUUGGUGACACAGGCCUCACUCUCUACCUCAGCGCAGGCAGAUUCCUCCGGUUCUGCAGUCACACUUUUUUAAUAUUUAUGAAAAAGAUAAAAAAAAAAAAAA